CCAAAAGGCCCAAACGUCUACCGAAAUCUCAUUUCCGACGCGAGCGGCGGCGGGUCGCGUCGAAGGAGAUGGGUGGCGCCGCCGUGGCCGUGCUCGCCGCCGCCACCGCCACACGCCAAAACCGUGCCCCGCUAGCCUCCUUGCUCACCAGGGUGGUGCGUGGGCUCCACGACGCUUCAGUGGCGGCAGCAGCAGCGGAGGAGGACAAGGCGGGGGCGGGGAGCCGGCGGCGACGGCGGAGGAGCAGCAGCAGCCUCCUGCUUGGACCGGAUUUCCUCGACACCUGGGACCUUCCACCGCGUGCUGCAUCGCGAACACCGCCUCCGCAGGACGGCGGAGCUGAUUAUGGUUACACCGCAACCAUUAUCGAUGGCAAGUCUAUUGCAGAGGACAUAAGGUUACAUAUUGCUGAAGAAGUCCGUCAAAUGAAAAGUGCAGUCGGACAUGUGCCUGGUCUAGCUGUCGUAUUGGUUGGUGAUAGAAGAGAUUCUGAAUCUUAUGUGCGAUACAAAACAAAAGGUUGUGAGGAAGUUGGAAUUAAAUCAUUGCUAGCAAAGUUGCCUGGAAACUGUACAGAAGAUGAAGUGAUGGAUUCAGUGUCAAGAUUUAAUGAAGAUCCUUCUGUUCAUGGCAUCCUAGUACAGCUACCUCUACCACAGCAUAUGGAUGAGGAAAGGAUUUUGAGCGCCAUCAGUCUAGAGAAAGAUGUUGAUGGUUUCCAUCCCUUGAAUGUUGGAAAUCUUGCUCUCAGAAGCCGAAAACCUCUGUUUUUGCCCUGUGCUGCAAAGGCGUGCAUUGAGUUGUUGCUCCAAUCUGGGAUUGAACUCAUGGGAAAGCAUGUGACUGUGAUUGGAAGAAGCAAAGUUGUUGGAUUGCCCACUUCCUUACUUUUACAGAGGCAUCACGCCACUGUCAGUGUUAUCCAUGCCUUCACAACAAAUCCAGAGGCGAUUACCCGUGAAUCUGACAUUGUGAUAUCAGCUGCUGGAGUGGCCAAUCUUGUAAGAGGAAGUUGGUUAAAGCAAGGUGCAGUUGUGAUUGAUGUGGGGACAAAUCCAAUCGAGGAUCCUACCAGUGAUUAUGGUUAUCGCCUAACUGGAGAUGUCUGCUUUGAAGAAGCAGUGAAGGUGGCCUCUGCUAUAACUCCAGUUCCUGGCGGAGUUGGACCAGUGACAAUUGCGAUGCUUCUUGGCAACACACUUGAUUCAGCUAAACGGUUUUACGGCCUAAGUGACUGAAUCCCCUGAACUGUACUUCUGCCACACUUACCCUUUGUAAAUUAGUUGUCUUUUCUUUUCUUUGCUCUCUAUUUUAGUUGUAUGAGGGCUGCGAUGUACCAUAUUUUUCUCAAUAAAUAUUGUAUGCUUA